CUCCAUUUUUUCAUUCUUCUUCACCGCCACAUAAUUUCCCUACCUUUCUUCCUAUUUUUCUUUCUUUAAUUUAUUAUUUAUUAUUUAUCACUAUAUAAACCUAUCCUCUACCCUCUCUUGGUCUUUUUCACCCAACAAAUCCGCCACCCCUCACAAUUCUCUCUCUGUCACACACACCACUCUCAACAGAUUCUUUUCUCUCUUACAUGACUGUUAUCCACCAACUCCGACCCACGAUAUGACGCUCAAUGACGACUGGGUCAAAACUGCCAUGACGGACGACACGGUUGUCGUCGAGCUUCUCUUACGGCUUAAGCAUCGUCUUUCGAUUAAAUCUCAACCCGCACCGACGCUUCCUUUCUCCUGGGGAAAUAAACAACCGCGCUCAAGAUCGAGGAUAACCGCUUCCGUUUCUCGAUGCGACGCCGCCGUUUCGACUAGAUGUAGUCCGACUACACCUCUCUCUUGGAGCGGAGGUGCAUCGCCAUCUGUUACUGCCGACGGUUACGAAGACUCCAGCCGUUACCGCAGCCAUCACGCAGCCAGAUCCAAGGCUACUGCCACAAGUGGAUACACUAGCAACUCCGCCUCUACCAAAAGGUGCGGAAGAAAAAAGUCCUUUGCAGAAUUGAAGGAAGAGGAAAGCUCCCUGCUAAAGGAAAGAAUAUAUUUAGAAAGGGAGAUAGCAACAAAAAAUGCAAAUUUUGAGGUGAUGAGAACUACAAAUGAGAGUUUGAAGAGGAUGAAGCUUGAUUUCGGAUCAAAAUCUCAUAACAAGCCAAGUUCAAAGUCUGUUGAACUGCGGGGUAAGCAUGCUGGUGGUCAGCCCCACCAAAGAAUAGUACCUUCUGAAGUCCUCCCACGUACCACUCUAGAUGAUACUCAUUCACAAGCACCAGAGUCUAGACCAAAUGUAAUCGAGUCCUCCGGGCAGAGUUUUUUCAUGAUACCAGAUCUAAAUAUGAUGCCGUCUGAUGAUGGUUCUUGCGCUGACGCUCAAUAUGGUAUGAGUUAAGACACAACUGCUUUGUUUCGUAGCAAGCGUGGUUCUUGGAACAAUUACGCUACAACACUGCACAAUGUACAGGCUGAUAGAGAGCAUUCUGAAGACUGCAUCGAAUAGAAAUCGACGGCCAACGUCGUGUACUAGAAAUGUUUCUUUAUGCAACUACCAAUUCUUACGAAAGGGAUAACAAGCGGCAAUGGUGAAAGGGGAAGUUUUCUUGGGUAGUGCAAGCCGUAAGGCUGUAGAGUAGAGAUAUUCAUAUACUACUAGCGUCGCAGGUUCCUCCGAUUCAUGAAAACAUAUGUACCAUUCUUUCGUUGGUUAAACCUCUUGAAUUCCUUUAUAAUGUGUCUUGUUUAAAUUAAUUUACAAAUUGCAAUUUACAUCAGUCGCACCUUCACUCUACAAGUUCAUGUGUUCUGUCGUUCGACUUUAGCUAUAAAUAGGAUGUUUUUUGGUUUGAGAACUUGUUUAUUUUUGAAGCUCGUGCCUCUGAAGGAACCUAAUAAGAACAUUCAUUUAUUUUAAA